UAUGGCUCUUGAUAGACAAGGCGCAAACCAUUAUACAAUGACUGCCUAUGCUGUGCAGCAUGUUGAUGCAUAUCCAGUCCAUCGCCCCCAGCAAAUGAGGAUAUUCCCAGUCAUCAACCAUCAAAAUCCAACAAUUACUGUUUCUAUGAGCAAUCCUAAUUUGCAGUCCCAUUUUGCUUCAACUGGGAACAAUGUAGGUGGUAAUUCUAUAAAUUCACAAUAUCUUGCAGGAGUUCCAAUUGUAAGCCCUGUUUCUGUUCAUCCCACUCCAAGUUCCGUUGUUGGUACCACCGAUCUUAGAAAUGGUUCAAAAUCAUCUGGGGCUCCUGCUCAAUUGACCAUAUUCUAUGCUGGUUCUGUUUGUGUUUAUGAGGAUAUUUCUCCUGAGAAGGCUCAGGCCAUUAUGCUGUUGGCUGGACAUGGGUCUUCAGUAACUCAGAAUAAGGCAAUCUCCCCAGUUCAAGUGCGGACACCAAUCCCUAGGCCUUCUGCUGAUGAUGGUUUUGUUGGGAGCAAAAUCCAUACUGCAUCUCCAUGCUCAGUCCUUCCAAGCCCUAUUUCUGUGAACUCUAGUAGCGCCAUUGAAUUGACAACAGUGAAAUCAGUAGGAGCUUUAGCAUCCGCAAAUAACCAAAUUGAAACCUCAAAGACAGUUAGUUCAGUAGCACCUGGUUCUGCAAUUCCGAUUCCAGCUGGGGCUGUACCUCAGGCUCGUAAAGCAUCAUUGGCUCGGUUUCUGGAGAAGCGCAAGGAAAGAGUGAUGAAUACAUCGCCAUACAAUGUAAGCAAGAAAUCCCUAGACUGCAGUGCCACUGAAUGUGAUGAUGUGAGUUUAUCCAUCAAUUCUCUAUCUUCUCCCGGCCAUCAAUGAGCAGUCAAGGACACAGAAGAUUCAAAUCCAAUACCAUGCACUCUACAACUAUAAAGGAAGAGAGAUCUUCAUCAACGUCUAUUUUUAGUUCUUUAAUUGUAAGCUCAAUUCUUUUUACUUAAAACUGUUAGGUUUCCUCAAUGUCUUAGAUAUAUUGUUCUUACAAUCAGUGCCAAUUUUUUGAAUUUUAACUUAAAAUAUGUUGUAAAAAAUAUAAUGUUUCACAUGAUGAAUUUUUCCCUUUAUUUCUAUUCAUAGACUACCACAUUCAUAA